AUGGCCGUGGAUUGGGAUUUGUUGCGAAGCCCCGACGAAGAGGACCAGAAGGACGCCUACGAACACAUAUUGCAGGUCGAUCCCAACGACUUGGAUGACCCGGACGAUCUGCGAGAGCUCUUCGACGCGGCACGGCAGAUUAUGAGGAUGCGGAUCGAACAGGCAGAGCUUGCUUCCGAAGAGACCACGAGGCUGCACCACAGGACACAGGAGGAGGAAGAGGAGUUGGCCGAGCUGAGGCAAAAACUGGCAUCGGCUGAAAAACACGCCUCGCAGGUGCCUCGACUAAAGGAGGAGAACAGAGCACUUGGAAAACAGGUGUCGCAGUUGGAGAACGAGCUCGACGAGUUUGUCGAGCCAGCUUCAGCGGUCGCAGCAGGAAACUGACCGGCCGUUGAGUGCCAAGCUACGUGAAAAGAACAGCCA